CUCUGCAUUCCAUACUGCCCCGCGAUUCCACCGUAGGGGCCCUUUCAGUGCAGUGCCCGCACGUUUGCUCCGCUAUAAUUGCCUUGUACAGAAUGAGGGGCGUUUCGAAUCGCCUCUGUGAAUCGUGGAAUGAGAACGACUGGUGGGACGGCGGCACUGCAAAAUUCAACAAGAGCAGUGCCGAGAUGAGCAACGGUGAGUUUUCUGGAGAGGAACCAACAAGGCAACAGAGUGUGCAUGCUCUUCUAUAUCUGCAGUGCGUGAGGUGUCUGCCGAGGGCCCGCCGCACACACGUGCGAAAGCUGCCGCCGCCGAAAGCGGUGGCAAGGGGGCCAGGGAGAGGAAACACAGCGAGGUGACGGCCACCGCCAGCAAAAUCGGUUGGAUCAUAUAGAGGCGAGAGACCCCUAGCUAGCGGGAGGACUGCGGACUGGUUGGCCUUAUCUUGUCUGCAGCUAAUGUCAACGUCACAUCAAAGCACCCAUCGCAUGCCAGCCGUCCCAACAACGAGUAAGCUCACAGCAAUGAAUCCACAGAAGCAUUCAUUCAUCAAUUCUCGUAUUGUCUGGUCCUCAGUCUGUCUCCGAAGCGCCAUGCUGUGGCCACCAAGGCCUCCCCCCGCCCCUCUCUCCCCAAACCCCGCCCCUCGGCCCCCUCCUCCCACCACGACGACGGCCAGAGAAUGGCUACUGUGCUGCAGCCUGUCUAUGGUGGUCGGAGUGGGGCGAUCCCGGAGAGGGGCAUCAUGCGCAAGGACAACGUGGUGAAGAACAUUCGUGAGAAGAACGAUCGUUCAAGAGGUGAUAGGAGAGCUCGCGACAUAGAUUUGUCAUUGGCACCAAUGCAUGUCGGUCUCAUAUGUGUCUGCAGGCCAGAGUGCGUUGGCCGCACCGGUCCCUGCUGGGGAGGAUAGUGGGAGCAAGAAGACGACGGAGACGCACAAUGCCGAGACGAACAUCGGUGAGUGGAGAGCUCGCGACAUAGAUUUGUCAUUGGCAUGAAUGCAUGUCGUUCUCAUAUGUGUCUGCAGGCCAGAGUGCGUUGGCCGCACCGGUCCCUGCUGGGGAGGAUAGUGGGAGCAAGAAGACGACGGAGACGCACAAUGCCGAGACGAACAUCGGUGAGUUAGUUAGUUCUGGAGAGGAACCAACAAGGCAACGGAGUGUGCAUGCUCCUCUAUUUGUGCAGUGCGUGAGGUGUCUUCGCACACACGUGUGAAAGCUGCUGCCCUCGGUCCGUGUUCAGGGCCCGAGUUACUCGAGGGCUCCAUGUAUCAUUGUUCUUGACUAUCGCUGCCUACAUUUUAUAUUUGGCAGCAGCUUGACGUUUUUGAUCGCAAUGAGCAGCCCC